AUGCCUAAGUAUGCCAAGUUCUUGAAGGAGUUUCUUAUAAAUAGGAAGAAUAUGGAAGAGGUGUCAAAGGUGGUUCUUAAUGAAAAUUGUUCGUCUGCAAUGUUGAACAAAUUGCGAAAGAAAAUGGGUGACCCGGGUAGUUUGACCAUGCCAUGCCAAUUCGGGAAUUUAGCUACUAGUUAUGCAUUGGCUAAUUCGGGGACAAACAUAAACCUUAUGCCAUAUUCAUUCUUUAAGAAGUUAGACCUUCUGGAUCCGAGACCGAUUCGAAUGGCAAUUCAUCUAGAAAACAAGACGGUGAGAUUUCCAAUGGGGUAUGUGAGGACUUAUUGGUGA